AAUAAAACUACAAAAUAAUUAACAUAUUUAAACAUUACAACAAAACAAAAACAAGUUUAAACAUAUUUACUAUAAUGCUAACAUUAUGUUAACAGCGACAACAAAAAAAUUUACAUAAAUUAAUUUGUUAAAAAAAUUUUCUAUUACAAAAUUUUGUUUAAAUAAAAUUUAAGAUAAAGAUUUAUGUUGUUUAUGGCAAAAUUUAUGGAAUGUUUACUAUAAAUCAUUAUUAAUUAAAAGAAGAAAACAAAAACUAAAACAUUAUGGACUUUUAUUUAAAUUUAUUAAAAAAUUAACAAAAAAAAACAUUUUGUUAAUUUUAUAAAAAAAAUAAAAGUGUUUUUUUUUUAAACCUAAAGCAAAGGAUUAUUAAGCGAAAAUGUGUUCCAAAAAUCAAAUGAGUAGUUUAAUGGAGAAAUUAAACACGACUUUACAGUCGUGUCCUAUCAGCAGCUGUACUAAUGAACCUGAUACUUUGAGUGCCAAUAACGAUUCGCUGCAGACCACACCAGAUAGUACACUACAGAAAUCGACUAGUUUGCAACAGCAGACGCAACAAUUACAACAGCAACAGAUAAACCAUAUAACCAAUAAAAAUAACAACAACAACGAUACACAUCAUCAUCAUCACUCUCACCAUAAUAGUGCUACCAGCGAUACUUCAUCUACAUCCUUUCACCAGCGUUUUGAUUUUAGUCAAUUAAAAGCUCGUCUACCGGAACUUAAUUGUCUACACAGUUUACAACGCUAUUGGCAACAGCAUAAUAACGGCGCCAACGAUCCUAACGAUCCAGCAUCGUUGCAACCAAAAGAUGGUGGUGACGUUUCAAAUUCCUUUUAUGCCAAUAAUAUUUUAGGUUAUACAUUUGGCUAUCAGUUAAGUGGUGGUAAAGAUUCGUCUAACGGUAAAAACGACCAGAUACGUGAGACACCCUUACAAAAGUUCUAUAGACAUCAGCAGCAAAAGAAAAUGCCAGCGUUUAGGGGUAGACGUGGUUGGUGUGGUUGUUUUCAGGAUGACGAACCACCUGAAAUUUGUGUGGUUGAAGGAGCUUUCACACUACAGACUCUUACACCAACACAACCCAUGCCCUCGGUAGAUGAAUUGGAUACAAAGUUUGCUGAACUAGUGGAAGAAUUAGAUUUAACAGCUCCCAAUAAGGAGGCUAUGUUAAGUUUACCACCCCAGAAGAAAUGGCAAAUCUAUUGCUCACGUAAAUCUCCCAUGGAUACCAUAGAUGGUGGUCCAGCUAGCAAUAUAACACAACCUCCCACGGCAGAACAUUAUGUGGAACGUCUUAAGGAAUUGGCCGCACAUAUUUCAGUCAGUCCCGAAGAUUCUCCCUGUCAUGAAUACAAUGCACGCAUCGAAAGUCAUACACAUUUUCUAGAUGCUUUGAAAACCGCUUUGAGAACUUCGACUCACAGUUUUGUCUUGAGAUUUGUGGAAUUUGAGGGUUUACCGGCUCUGCUAAAUCUAUUGCAGAAAAUGGAUAUACGCGUAGCGAAUAGUCCAUUCCAUACUAGUCUUAUAGGUUGCAUUAAAGCUUUAAUGAAUAAUUCGACUGGACGAGCUCAUGUAUUGGCUCAUCCCACCUCGAUUGAUACUAUUGCCCGCUCUUUGGCGGCCGAUAAUAUUAAAACUAAAGUUGCUGCUUUGGAAAUCUUGGGUGCAGUUUGUUUGGUGCCGGGUGGUCAUCGUAAAGUACUGCAGGCCAUGUUAAAUUUUCAAGAAUUUGCGGCCGAAAGAACUAGAUUCCAAAGCAUUAUUAAUGAUUUGGAUCGCUCUACAGGAGCCUAUAGAGAUGAUGUUAAUCUAAAGACCGCCAUUAUGUCUUUUAUUAAUGCUGUGUUAAAUUAUGGUCCCGGACAAGAGAAUCUGGAGUUUAGGCUACAUUUGCGUUAUGAAUUUCUAAUGAUGGGCAUACAACCCAUUAUUGACAAGUUGAGGAAGCAUGAAAAUGAGACUUUAGAUCGGCAUUUGGACUUCUUUGAAAUGGUAAGAGCCGAGGAUGAAAAAGAAUUGGCACGUAAAUUUGAUCAUGAGCAUGUGGAUACAAAGAGUGCCAGCGCCAUGUUUGAGUUAUUAAGACGUAAACUGAGUCAUUCACCAGCCUAUCCUCAUAUGUUGUCACUAUUCCAACACAUGUUAUUACUGCCAUACACUGGCCACUGUACCCAACAUUGGUUGCUAUUCGAUCGUGUGGUCCAACAAAUCGUUUUACAAACCGAGGGUAGACCUCGCAGUGAUAUUGAUACCGACGAUCCUAAUAAGGAGAAAACCGCUAUUUCCCCUGUACACGAUCCCGAUGUAGCACCUUUGGAAAUUAAUGUUUCCAAAUUAGUACAUCUUUUAGUCAAAGAAGAAGAGCUUACCCAGGCUCGCAAGCGAGCCGAUGAAUUGGAGAAAGAAAAUUUCGAUAUACAAUCACGUUUAGCCAAAAAAGAACAAGAACUUGAUUUGCGCAUGCAAGAGAAAGAAGAUUUAGAGACAAGUCUAGCGCGCAUGCGUGAACGUUUAGAGAAAGAAUCAGCCAAUCAUUCACAAGCCGUGCAAAGAGCACAAACUGCCGAAAUGAAAUUGGAAGAUUUACAACAUAAACUAAUGACCGAACAGCAGGAACGAGCACGUUUAGAAAGAUUAGUCACCGAGGGUAGUAUACCCGAUGACCAAAAGGUGGCCGGUCUGACGGGUUGUAAUGGAGCAGUUUCGCCUCCACCACCACCGCCACCCAUGAAAAUAAUACCACCUCCUCCACCACCAAUGAUGGCUGCACCACCACCGCCACCUUGUCCAGGACCACCUCCACCACCCACUAUGACUCAAGCUAUGGCCCCACCAGCUCCUAAACCCGAAGUAGCCAAGAAAAAUGUGCCACAGCCUACAAAUCCUUUGAAGAGUUUCAAUUGGUCCAAACUUCCUGAUGCCAAAGUUCAAGGUACUGUUUGGAGUGAGUUAGACGAAUCCAAAUGGUAUAACAAUAUUGAGUUGGAGUCUAUAGAUAAGCUAUUCUCAGCCUACCAAAAGAAUGGUGUAGCACAAGUCACAGAUGGUUCUAUAGAGGAUCUGCGCAUGAUGGGCAGCAAGCCACGCAAUAAAGUAUUAUCGGUUAUUGAUGGUAGACGUGCUCAGAAUUGUACAAUUCUAUUGAGUAAAUUGAAAAUGUCAGAUGAAGAAAUCUCCAAAGCCAUAUUAUCUAUGGAUUCAAAUGAACAAUUAGCUUUGGAUAUGGUAGAGCAAUUGUUGAAAUUUACACCUUCAGCCGAAGAAAGAGCUUUGCUAGAUGAGCAUAGUGAGGAUAUAGAAUCUUUGGCUAGAGCCGAUCGUUUCUUAUACGAAAUAUCAAAGAUUCCCCAUUACGAACAAAGAUUAAAGAGUUUACAUUACAAGAAACGUUUCAUGAUCACAGUUAAUGAUUUAAUACCACGCAUAACCAGUGUAAUGGAAGCCUCUAGAGAAGUAGCACGAUCCAGACGUUUGAGGAAAUUACUGGAACUGGUAUUAGCUUUAGGAAACUACAUGAACCGAGGAGCACGUGGCAAUGCUUCUGGCUUCCGUUUGGCUUCUUUGAAUCGUUUGGGUGAUACUAAAUCAAGUGCCGCCAAGGGCACUACCCUCUUACAUUUCUUAGUUCAAGUCAUAGAUAAGAAAUUCAAAGAUUUACUUAAACUCGAAGAAGAUAUACCCCAUGUGAGAGAAGCCUCUAAGGUGUCUUUGGGUGAAAUGGACAAAGAUAUACAAAUGUUACGCACCGGUUUGGCCGAUGUAGCUCGUGAAAUUGAAUUCCAUCGUUCUUCGGGUCCAGCUCAACAAGGAGAUCGUUUCUUACCCGUUAUGCGUGAGUUCCAUGCUCAAGCUUCUGUGCGAUUUGCGGAAUUGGAAGAUAAAUUCCAAGAUAUGAAAACAAGAUUUGAUCGUGCUGUUAGAUUGUUUGGUGAAGAUGGUGCCGUUUUACAGCCCGAUGAAUUCUUUGGUAUAUUCGAUACCUUCCUAACUACAUUUGCCGAAGCCAAACAAGAUAAUGAGAAUUUGAGAAAACGCCAAGAAGAGGAAGAGAAACGGGCCAAGCAGGAGGCCGAAUUAAAGAAACGCACAAUAGAGCGCAAAAGCAAGGAGGGUCUAAUGUCCUCAGUGGCACGUAAUUUGGGUUUGAAAUCAUCCAAUGGCCCCGGCAGUCCUGCCAAAGGAGACAACAAAGGCGAAUUUGAUGAUUUAAUUUCAGCCUUAAGAACGGGUGAUGUUUUUGGUGAGGAUAUGGCCAAAUUUAAAAGAUCCCGCAAAACUAGACUAAGUAAUGGCAGUACUUCUCCUCCCCGACAUGGUCUACACCGCGAAGAAAGUAGAGAACGUACCGUAAGACGACAAUAGAUUAAAAAUAACUCUUAAGAGAAUCUCUCGUUAAUAUUACGAAGUUAAGAAAUGAUGUUUGCCAUCUAUGUAUUUAUUGAUUUUGUUUUUUCAAGGUUUUGUUUAAUAUAUUAAUUGUUAAAUAACACAGCGAUUGUAAAAAAACCCCCCCUAAAUUAUAUUAUAGUAAUUAUUAUAUAUUUUUAAAAUGAAAAUUCUAUUUAAGUAACUCCGAUAAAGAGAAAAUGUUCUUUUUUUAUAUAACAAAUGAAAGCAUUAAACCAAAAUUAUUUAAAAAUAUAUAUUGUAUGUAUUUAACACUUAAUGAAAAAGAAACCCCACAAAAAACUUUUGUAUUA